AGUAAACCCUGGGAAACCAGAAGAAGAUGUGGCGUUGUGGUGUCUCAAGUCUAAAACCCAACUGUUACUUCCACUGCAAACGGAACUACUUGUCACUUUCGAAAUCAAACUUGACAAAACACCCAAUCACGAAAUACUCAAAUUAUUCAAGUCUAACAAUGACGACCAUCACCGAAUCCGAUGUGGGAAUCCUCUGUUUCAUCUCAAACCUUCCUGGUUUUCGUGGCAUCCUCAAACAAAGAUAUUCUGAUUUCAUUGUGAAUGAAGUAGACACUGAGGGAAAUGUUGUUCAUUUGACCUCUUUAGAUGCCCCUCCAGAGGAAGGUGAAACAAAAAUAUCUGAUCAACUUAACAAAAAUUAUGCAUCUGAAAUUGAAAAAUUCAGAUCACUUGCCUGCGAAAUUGAUGUCGAUCAGUUAGAAGCUUUCAUUAACCAAAUUACUUCAGGCAGUGAAGAAGAUAUCUCUCCCAUUGUUCUGUCUCCAGAUUCUGAUAAAUCUCAUCGAACGGCAAUGCAUAAUUUCUUUAAGGAGAAUCUUAGAUUUCUAGUCACUGACACUGUUGAUGGACCUGAUUCUUCCUCAAAAUGCAUCCGCGUGAGGUUAAAUUCUGGGAAUAAGAACAAGGGAAGAAAUUCGAAUAAAAGGAAGAGAGGUGAUAGGCCCUAUGAUAGUAGAGGUUCAAGCCACUGGCCAGCGCAUCUUGGCAAUUUUCUUAGGUUCCAUCUUUUCAAGGAGAAUAAAGAUACACAGGAAGCCUUAGGAUUAAUAGGAAAGAUGCUUGGCAUUCAGCCAAGGUCUUUUGGUUUUGCGGGUACAAAAGAUAAGAGGUCAGUUUCCACUCAAAGGGUAACUGUUUUCAAGCAGUAUGCAAGUAGAUUAGCUGCCCUCAAUGACAGGUUGAUUGGUAUUAAGGUGGGAGACUUCUGCUAUGUCAAGGAUGACCUCCUCCUUGGGCAGCUUUUAGGAAACCGAUUCACCAUUGUAUUACGAGGAGUUGUUGCAGAUUCUGAAGAUACUAUUCAAGCAUCUGCAGAGUCCUUGGGGAGGCAUGGCUUCAUCAACUAUUUUGGCUUACAACGUUUUGGAAGUGGUUCUAUUCCAACUCACCACAUUGGUGCCACAUUACUGCGAGGCGAAUGGAAAGCUGCUGCAAGCACUAUUCUUGAUCCAAGAGAAGGGGAAAGAAAUAUCAUAAGCAAGGCAAGGGAAUAUUAUAAACAAACUGGUGACAUAGAUGGUACUCUCAAGCAAUUACCUCGCCAUUUAGUUGCAGAAAGGGCUAUGUUGCAAUGUUUGAAGAAAAGUCCUGGGAAUUACUUGCAAGCCCUGAAAGCUAUACCUAGGACGUUGAGAAUGAUGUAUGUACAUAGUUACCAAAGCUAUCUGUGGAACCAUGCAGCAAGUGUGAGAGUGCAAAAAUAUGGAAGCAGUGAAGUUGUGUUGGGAGACUUGGUAUAUAGCAAAGGAGAUGAUGCGGAAAAAACAGAAGUUGUACCACCUGAACAUGAAGAUAAUAGCUUAGAAGAUGCUUAUGAUUGUGGUCAAUUAGAUGAAAUAUCCGGAAAAGAUCUUCCGCUAGAGAAAAAUAAUCUUGUUAAGGUCAUAACUGCAUCAGAUAUCAGUACUGGAAAUUAUAAUAUUGAGGAUGUUGUCCUUCCUAUGCCCGGCUCUAGAAUAAUUUAUCCAAUGAAUGAGGUUGCUGAUGUUUAUCAUGACAUGGCAAAGAAGGAUGGCAUCAGCUUGACAGAGAGUGUCCAUAAUAUCAAGGAAUUUUCAAUAACCAGCAUGACUGGAAGCUACAGGCGUGUUUUUCAGAAGCCAAUAGAUUUUCGAUGGGAUUUGCUUUCGUAUACAGAUGGAAAUUUAGCAUUGUCGGAGACAGAUAUAGACAAAAUUGCCAAAACGAAACCUGUGAACCCAGUCAAAGAAGAGAAUCCAACCAAUGGAACUGAAGGCGAAGAGCCAUUCAAUCAUCUGGAACAAUUAGAGAGCUUUGAGGAUGAGAAAAAGUUCUCAACCGAUGAUAAUGAGGUGGAGGUUUCUAGAGAAGCCGAGCAUCCACAAGUUCAUUCUCCACCUGACUUGAAUUCUCUGGAACCUCAGAAAGCUCUCAAAUUGGCCUUCACACUUCCUGCUUCUUGUUAUGCCACAAUGGCCAUACGAGAGCUUCUCAAGACAUCCACUUCUGUUGCAUUCCACAAGACACUUAACCAAUAAACAUGUCGCCACUCGUAUAGUUUAUGAGACUAGGAUCAACCCGCCAUGUAUCUUGAAUCAGGAACAAGAAAACAAGGUUUACUCCCAUACACUGGUCCUCGUAUGUGUGUACAUGUAAGGUACAUGAGACAAACUUUACCCUAUUUGCCAAUUAGCAAAUUCUUUUGUGCACUGGUAUUUAUAAUUUUAUAGUUGAAAGGACAUGUAUCUGCA